UCGAGCCGCCGCUCCGAUUGGACGCCUCCAACGUCGAUCACUGGCCUCUGCAGGGUUGCUGUGCAUGGCCUGGAACUGUCAACACUCACCGCGGCUCCACAGACAUUCAAAGCCGGAUUUCACAUCAUCUGAGGGGUCCCGCUCCGGUUCUUCUGAUGUCCAAAUACAAACUGUUCCUGCUGAGGCAUGGAGAGGGGGCCUGGAACAAAGAGAACCGCUUCUGCAGCUGGGUGGACCAGAAGCUGAGCGAGGAUGGGGUGAAGGAGGCCCAGGACUGUGGCAGGCUCCUGAAGGAACAGGGCUACAAGUUCGACUUGGUGUUCACCUCCAUACUGAGCCGCUCUAUCCAAACCGCCUGGCUGGUGCUGGAGGCUAUGAGCCAGGAGUGGGUACCUGUCGUCAAGUCCUGGAGACUGAAUGAGCGACACUAUGGCUCCCUGAUUGGCUUGAACCGUGCAGAGAUGGCUUUGCAACACGGAGAGGAAAAGGUGAAGUUGUGGAGAAGGGGUUACGACAUCACUCCGCCCUCGAUCGAGGAAUCCCAUCCUUACUUCCAGGUAAUCUACAACGACCGCAGGUACACCACUUGUGACGUGCCGAAGGAGAGCCUUCCCCGAGCAGAGAGCCUGAAGGAGGUGUUGGACAGGCUGCUGCCAUACUGGGACAGCACUGUGGUGCCAGAGAUAAGGAGAGGCAGGACUGUGCUGGUUUCUGCUCAUGGAAACAGCUGCAGAGCCCUGCUGAAACAUCUGGAAGGUAUAUCAGACGAGGACAUUGCCAGCGUCACUCUGCCCACAGGGAUACCUGUUCUGCUGGAGCUGGAUGAGAACCUCAGGCCUGUGAAACCACGACAGCUCUUAGGAGACCAGGCGAAGAUUCAGGCAGCCAUUAAAAAGGUGGAGGACCAGGGAAAAGCCAGACCAUCAACAUGAACGCACUGAACUGGCUGUGAGACUGAAUAUCGCUCUGUUCAUGUCUCUAAGGAGUCUCUUUGAAAUAGUCAAAAAGUAGACGAUACCAACAACAUCAUUUUAUUGUGGGUACGUUGAACAGGAGUACGUUUUAAACCCCAUUAAGACCUGGUAUCAAUGUCUCAGGUGAUCAGAUCACAAGUGGAAGCUUUAAGUCCAAAGUACUUUAGUACAAAGUAUUUUAGUAUCAGUGUUUCCCAUCACUUGAUUUAUGUGUGACCUCCACCACAAUAUCUCUCGCUCUUUAUCUCUACAGACACAAACUCACAAACGCAUUGACAAUGUUCCGUCUGUGUACUUGGAUUAGCAAAAAAAAUCAUAGUUAGAUUUUUGUCAGCAAGAAUGACGUUUGUAAUUAUGUGAUGCAUAUGGAACCAGAAAAGUUUUUAUCAUUUGUGUUCACUCUUCAUGCAUGUGGAGACACACUAUAAUAUCAGGUGUGCACUGUAACUGGAGAAAUCCGCUUGUGAUCAGCUCUCUAGAGACAAGUGAAAAGCACCAGGUCUGAACGGGGCCAUACUGUGAAGUUACUGUAUGUGAAAUAGUGUCCUGACCUAAAAAACAGGAUGUGGGUGAUGCAAGUCCGACUGGUUCUUCUGGCGCAGGAGGAAGUCCAGAAAUGUACUGUAAUGUUUCAGCACUGUGUUAUCUGUAAGCACUGAGCAAGUGAUUGGUUCAAAUGUUAUUUUUAAGGUAUUUGUGCCUAUACAUGACUGUGUAGGGACCCUAAAGUUGUUAUUUAUUUACUUAUUGACUAAUGUACAGAUUAUUAGUAAUCUGGAGAAGAUUACAAUUUUUAAAACAGAUCCUGUUCAGUCAGAAGAAAAUUACGCUGCCUUGCUCAAUGAUGCUUUCCUACACCGAUAAACUUAUAAUAUUAUUACUUUGCAUUUUAAAAAUGUGCCUUCGCUAUUAAUUCGGUUAUUUGUGACCUUGUGAUUUUAUUUGCUCUUAACAAACUUUACCUCAUAAAUACUGAGAGGCAAACUGGAGAUUGGGGUAACUGUGAGCCGCAGAAUGCUGUGUCAUAUAAAAUGUCCUACUUAAAAUUGUAAGUAUGACAGCUGAAGUGGGGAAUCUAUUAGCUUAAUUCUGUAUAAUACAUUAAAUCUUGAAUUUAAAACAAUGGCUGACAUAUUUGGUUGUGUGUCAUAUUUGGAGGAUUUUCAAUUUGUCUCCUCAUUACAAAAAAAGGAAAAACCAUGAAUUUUAGAGAGCAUUAAUUUGGAUAAAUGAUAAUGCAGAUAAACUGAAAAAAUAAGUACUAUCAUGAUUUGAAUUUCAAAAUAUUAUCAUACAUGUGCAAUUAUAUGAUGUUGAGAUGUGGGUGAAAGUGUUGCAAAGUCCUUGUGAGUCUGCACAUUAUCUCUUACAGCACUGUCUUUUCCUAUUAUGUUGUUGCGGCGUGUGUGGUGCAGGCUACUGACUUGAAUGUUUCAUUGUGUCUAUUGUUUGUAACUGCACUGUGUAUCAUUUGUGUUUUCUGUUGUUCGCUGUGUUUCUUUGCCACUGUUAAUGUGUACACUGGUCUGUAAGGUCAACAGGGGAAGGAGGAUAAGUUAAGAACAUAUCUGUUUGAUACUAACGGGUAGAAAAGACUCAUAUUUGUAAUUUGAUGUAGGAUCAUGAUUUAAUACCUUCCCUUCUGUCUGCACCUUAUGUAUCAUGAGGGAAUCAUCAAGAUUGAAUAAAGGGAAUAAAUAUUUCCCAAAAUGGUA